CACACAAGACGCAAUCAGAGUGAGCUCAAUUCUCUCCCUCUCCUCUGCACAACCUUUCCCUCAGAAAUGCUCAGCACAGACCGGAUUCGACACACUACACGAAGAACUAAGCACAGACUGCUGUGGGACCUCAAAAAGAGCACAUCUCAGUGAUGGCCUCUCCUGUGCAGCUGUUCAUGAGCUCGCCUCAUCUAGAGUAGGACUGGAAUUUAUCUGACACACACACCACUAAAAGCAACAACUUACCGCUUGGCCAUGUACAGCGUGGAAGACCUUCUUAUCUCACAUGGAUACAAAGUCCCACAAAGGAACAGCAACAAUGUCCCUGUGCCACACUCAUCUUCCCCCCACCCUGCAACCUAUGAAAAAUGUCUGCCAGCACAAAGCGACAGCCGGUGUGAAAUCGGUGAGAAGCGGAAAGGACAGAGUGGCGUGAAUGGCUAUGAGGGCGACCAUGUUUACAGCGGUGGUGGCAGAGGAGGCAUCAGACAGACUUCUUCCAGGGGAUUCCCCAGUGACACCGAGAACCGGGUCAGAAAGCAGAGAACACAAGACGUAGACAACGGUAACCUAGGAGAUGGACGUUUGCAAGAAGACAGCCUGACCACAGACAGUGGGUUUUAUGAUAGCCACAGAGGAAUACAUUCUCAGCCUGAGCAGGAUGUGUCAUACUGGCGAAGAAGAGGUCAGGACUUCAGUGUGCUUCUGGAUUAUGCCGACUUCAGGGACCCACGUGGAAGUGCAGGGGGGCUUCCCAACAAGCCAGAGGGCAUGCAGCGGAGACCAGAAUCCGCCUUGGGCACAGAUGAGCAUAACCGUGAGAGACAGCGCAGGGCUGAGAGCGCACGUGCCAGGGAGAGAGAGAUUGCCCUGCACCAGUGGAGAAUUGCAGCUGAGAGGAAGUACCAGAGUUUGGGAACAGAUGAGUGGCAUCCUGUGACCACUUUGAGCCGCCAGCCAUCUGAAAAUGAAGUAACACAGGAGCAACGCAGGCCACGAACUGCAGAAGGUGCUGUUCCACCUAGAACAAAAACCAAGUCCCAGUCAUUGCCCAGAAUGACUCUUCAAUCAGAAAGCCUCCAAUACUUUAGCAUACCAAAUGCUGGGCGAGAUUCUUAUGGAAGCUAUAGGUUGAACGGCCACCAUACCCGAGACCCUCAUGGAAGGCAUCUUGAUGGAGAGAGCAGGUGGACUGACCGAUCGGGUGCACAGUCUGCUCCACCAUCAAAACCCAGAUUUAGUCGACCGCUUAGACCUCCAUCUUAUGAAGUGCACCAGCAGAUGCGUGGGAGCGUAGAGAUGCUUAUGGGGGAAGUUGCCCCUCGGGCUAGAGACAGGACUCCACUUCCUUUCUCAAGGCAAGAAUACUUUGUGCAAGAACUUGGAGGCUCUGGUGCAGAGCCCCCCGUAUAUAACCCUCCCCCAUCCUACAGGAGGCAGCCUUUAGUUAAGGGAGGUCAUAGAACUUAUCCUAUUUCAUUGGGUAACCACCAGUAUAGGGGUGACCCAUAUAUGCAAGAUUCUGCAAUGACAGAGGUGCAGGAAUGGUUUAUCAGGCAGACAGGGAUGGCUUGGCCAGAUCAUUACAGAGAUGGACGAAGAAGUAUGCCCUGCAAGAGACAGGCAUAUCCAGGCUACAGCGAAGAACGAAUAGGUAAUGUUCAGUACAUUCCCUUUGAUGACCCUCGCGUCAGGCACAUUUCAGGAGCGGGAAUGGAUGGUAACUCGCUGACGGAUGCAGAUAAAAUUAGAAACAUCAGAAAUGAGAUUCCGGUCAGCCUCAUAUCUGAGAAGUCCAAUGACAGUGCCUUUCCUCUCACAGAGAAAUCAUUUGACCACACUGAACAAAGUAAAAGCAAUAUUAGCAAGUCUAUUAAUGAGGACAGUAUGCACAAGAAAGUAUUGAAAGAGACAGAAAGAUCAAACACAACAUCUGACCAAAACUGCAACAGGCAUCCAACUGACCACAACAACACAACUGUUCUUCAGAUGACAAUGCAACAGAAUUCCAACUCAAACCAGGGUUUCAUUGAGAUGGUAACACAAGUGAAGAAAUUUGAGGCCAAAACUUUGGCUGAGAAUAAGAAAAACUCAAAGAAGAAACUCAAAGAGACAAUGUUUUGCCUGGUUUCUGUCCCUAUUAAUAUGCAAGCAAACAAAGGUGUCUCUGAUCCAAAUAACAAUGAAAAAGUGGCUACUCCAAUAAUGAUAUCUGAAGAAAACACAGUGAUACAGUCUGACAACCAAAGCCUUUCUAAAACCCCAGUAAGCAAGGAGUCAGAAAUGCAGUCCAGCAGCUUCCUAUCCAUUAGAAGCUCCCCUUUAAGGACAGAGAUUGCAGAUGCUACAUCACUGAAUGCAAGUCAAGACAAUGAAUUGUUCUAUGUAGGAUCCUGGCCUGGAGAUCAAUACAGGAACCAGGAAACACAGACAGGCUCUCCAGAAGUUUCUAGAAACAUCCAUCCUCAAAGAGGCAUUGUGCAGACAACAAAUGACCAUCCCUCCCCUCACACAACCACAGAUAAUGAAGGUGAAACUGACUGCAGUGCCAACUAUGGAUAUCCCAUGAUCGGUCAAAAGUAUCUCAACCCUUCCAGCAACAGUGCAUUUUCCAGAACUGGGACUGACAACAGUUCAAGUAUAAGAAGCCACACUCUAGCCCAAUCAACACCAACUCCAGCAUCUUCAGACCUUCAGCCUUUGCUUAGAAGUACUGCAUCAAAACAGCAAACAGAUGGCCAAGCAGUUUUUGGACAGUUCUUAUUAAAGCCGGUUAACAGACGCAAAUGGGAUGCAAUUGGGGAGCUUGAGUCUUUUAAUAAGGAGAUUCAGGAUCAGACAGGCAAAUGUCCAAAAGUUGACCAGAGCAUAGAUGAGCUGGAAGAUGCAUUAAACAAUAUUCUCGAACUGAGCAACACUAGCAAAGAGGUCAACAAUAGAAAACAGGAAGCUGCGCCACUUCACUUGAAGAAGGAAAGUGACGAGCAGUCACAUAUAGUACAGGUCACAGAGAUGCAUAUGAAACAAAAAAACUUAAAUGUAAUGACAGAUUCAGGAAACAGAGGCAGAGUAGAGGGACAUCCAGAAUACAGAAGAAUAAAAAGUUCCAAGGCAAAGGUAAACUUGGACACCCAGACACAAGAGACACCUGUGGCCAAACCCAACAGUUAUGUAAACUUUGAGGUUCUGCAAAGGGGGUACAGUGAUCCAGGGAUACAUAGGCAGGAUAUUCCAGUUCCAAAGGAGUGCUUGCUUAGGGAUGUUGGUUUAACAGUGUACACUGCCAUUCCAGACACUGUGACCUCUGGAUCACCCACAUGCGUAAGUCCCGAGUCCCCUAUGUUAACAAGCCCUUCAGAUAAUUCAGAGAUGUGUGAGACCUUACAAAUUACAUCAUCAGACAGUAGUGGAGAUAUGAGCAGGCACAGCCCUGAGCUUGCUGAAGGUACUCAAAGUUUGAACCACAAUAAUUCCUUUAAUUCCAAAGCCCUCAUCGAGAAGGAAUCAGGGAGAGGAAGCACAGAGGUUACAAGUUCAGGAAAGUCCUCACGCAUCCAUGUAAUCAAGAGUCUCCAUUGCAGGUUUAAAGCAAAUUAUGAGGAUGAUGAUGACCAUUUUUAUUCAGAUUAUAUGAGCUGGAGUAAUGAGAAGACAUUGGCAGAUGAACAUCUAGAGACCCUUUUGAGUCAAGAGAAGGCCAACAGCAUGCCGACAGAAGACCUUAGUAACCUAUACCAAGUUCAGUGUGCCAAAGGCAUACCUGAGAAUGAAUCCAUUGAACAAAGGGCUGCCAGGAUACUUGGCAUUGCUGUACCAGUUGAAGCUUUAGUUGUUGAUCAGGGUGACGGUAAAGAGAAUGGAAAUUCGGAAACCACUGAAGGUUCAGCCAUUGCAAUGCAAACCAAAGAGAUGAGCUCAAACGAGGAGACACAGAAUGUCAGUAGAGAGUCAGAGGAAGUGCUAGAUGCAUCUAUGGAAAGUCUUGAAGAUGUGACAGAACAGAUAGUGAUACGAGUUGAAGAGGAUCCCGAAUCUGGAGAAAAUGUACAUAGUGCAGAGAAACACAGCCACAGAGUCUCGUCUGUAUUGGAACUGCCAGAAUUUCCUCCAAGUAACUUGUGUUUGUCGCUUCCACUGGCAGAGGAUGAGGAAUUGGCCCUAAGUGUUUCUGGGGGAGACAGGAAGGAUAGAGUCAUUGCUGAGAUAACAGAAGAACCACAGGACAAGCUCCAGGCAUAUUCCCCAUCUCCUCUGCCCCCUUCAUCCACAAAUGAUCAAGCAUUUCUGGAGUACAGUGCCUAUGCAAAGGAAGAAGACUCUCAGUCUUUAGUGAGAACUGUGACCAGGAUCACCUUGGCUAAAGAGACAGAGGAAAAAUGGUGCUCAGAAGAAGAGCAAGAAAAAGAACUAACAGACUCAGCUCAAGAGAACAAAAUACUUGAGGAAAAGGAUCAGUACAUUGAGAAUGUGGUGGAAGAAAACAAGAACAAUGACAUAACCAUUUGUACACAACAUGACUAUGAGGUAAAGGUUCAGGAGGAAGAGAAAGUGUCAGCAAACAAGCUAAUACAAGAGAAAUCAAGACUGCCAUCGAAGUCUAUGGCACGUCCAAUCCUACAGUCCCGGAGUGGCAAGGUAGCGAAGAGAGAAAUCACUCUGCCACAAGGAUUAAUGGACAAUACAAUGUCUGCAAUUGAGGAUGAUGACAAUCUAUCUAUGUCAGAUCCAUAUGACCCCAGUCAUGUGGAGAGAGUCUGAAUUUGGACACUUUAAGAGCAAACCCUGUGACCUUACUGGAAAUCCAAACUCUCAUCUUAAACAUAGCUGGAGAUGAAAUAAGCAGGCGGAUGGACUUCAUGCCACUCAUUAAGACACAUUUUCAGAGCUUCUAUGAACUGUUCAUGUCUGGAAUAGCUAACUUGUCUAUCAGUUGGAUAUGAAUGUAUAAUAUAUAUCAAGUAAAGUUCAGACAUGACACAAAUAGCUACAAAUCAAUCUCUGUAGACUUACUAAUUUAAGUUUCUCUGCACCAGCAAAUGCUGGAGUUCUGUUGGAAUUUCACAGAACACAGUGUCAUUGUGCCAUUAAGCAACAACGACAAGAAAGACACUAAAGUUUGCACUUCUCAUUUUCUGUAUUAUUACCAUUAUUAUCAAUGAGAGAAUGAAGAGAGGCCUUGAUGUAUCAAAGCAAUGAAUAGGACUGAGACAGCAGCAGGAUCAGUUACAUAACACUUUGAUUUCAAUCACUGAGCAAACUAUUUUUUAAAGAAAUGUUAGAAGGAAAGUGUGCAUUAUAUAUUUUACAGUAGGGAGAAACAAGCUGCAAUACAACAUUAUUAUUUUUUGUUUGUUUGUUUGUUUAGCAAAUUAUGGCAUUGGCUACUUUUACACAGUACUCAUUUUUAUCCAAAUGAGGCAGCUAAGAAGAAAGCUGAACAGAGACAAAAAUUGAAAGGUAUUUUGUUUGAAGUCCUGGUCUCCUGCAAUUGUAAUCUUAACUGCAUUGACUUCAUUAGUCAUUUUCAGUAGCUAUUGCUUUAAAAUGACUCCACACAAAGAGUUUUCAUAUCUCAUAUUUAGUUUGAGCUUUUUGGAGUUGCAAUAUGAUAGUGUAUCAUCUCACCACGAAAUGCAAACAAAAAAUAAAAAAAGAUAUAUAUUUAUUUUUGUCAAGCUAUAAACAAACUGUACAGAUGAAAAUAUAUUCAAAGAAGUAAUUUCUAUUUUACCUUGUGAAAAUGUUUGCUUGCUAACAAUCAUGAAUAUAUCAUGUCUGCAUAUGUUUAAUAUUGUAUGUCUAUUAUCCUGUAUUACUCUUACAAUGAAUCUUUUAGUCAAAAUUAGUCUUUUAUUGUGGUGUGUGUGGUGUGCCUUUUGUUGCACAAAUUUAAGAAAGUAUUAUGUUGUGUUUUGUGUUUAUGCAUUUUAUUUCAUAAAUGAAGCAAUCUACGUUCUUCUUGAAAAGUCCAUCUCAGUUCUGAAAGCUCACUCAUAUAGUUGAGUAUACCUUUGUUAUUGUUUGGUUUCUUUCUUUAUGACUCUGUAUAUACAAAAUGGAGGUGGACAACAGUUACUUUGACGAUAUUUCCAUCACUUGGUUGUUUUAUAAUUGCAGUCCAAAGUGGACUAAAAAUAAAUGUAAGUAAAAACUGAGUAAUUAGCACAUUCAAAGACUGCGAUAGUGAGCUCGGCAAAAAAGUUAAUAAAAGUCAUUGCUCCCAUUUGUUCAGAACAUGAUUAUUAUUAUAAUGGAUGAAGAGUACAAAUACCAUUAUGUUACUGUAGUAUAAAUAUUGCCCUUUGCUAUAGGCAUGAUUAUAAAACAUUUGUAAACUCAUGCAGAUAGAUACAGACCAUUAAUAAUUUAGAUGACAAAACAUGCAUUCAUCACACUUUUUGUAAGUUGGAAUAAAAUUAUUGUUGUAAUUAGUCCUUGAUUGUUCCUACCAUUUUGUACAUUUUUUUUAAACAGAUGAUUAUAUUGUUGCAUAUACCAUAUAUGGCAUUUAAUAUCUUUUUCUAUUUUCAUACAGAAACUGUACAUGAUUAUUUUGUAUGGGUUGCAAUUGAUUUGCCGUCUCUGCAUGAGAUGUAAACUGAGGUCAGGAAACUGUUUUGCAUUUGGUACUACAUUAAAAAUAUUAAUUACAUUACAUUGUGCACAUUUUUAUCCUGCUAAAAGCUUUGAAUAUUUAAAAUCAAAACCAGCUAUUUUUAGAAUAUUUUACAGAAAGGGAAGUGUUUACUGUGCACCUCAGUACUUGUGUCUUUGAAGUAUUGGGUGAAUGUGAAUGAAUUGUUUGAAAGGAAAUUCCUUUGUGCAUUAACUAUAGAAGAUUGCUCAUUAAUAAACUUCUUGCAUGGA